CAAUUUUCUUGAUGCUUUCCAUUGCCAUGGCCAAUGCCAGUGAGGUGGUUGUGGUCACAUACAUGAACGAGAUAAAGCGAGACUACGCCUAUCUUCAGGUGAGCGCGGAGCAGCACGGCUUGCUCCCCUCCAUCGUGGGCCUGGGGGAGGUCGCCUGGUGGCCGGAGGGCCUCGGCCGGAAGAUCAACGCGCUGCGGGGAUUCCUGGCCUCGGCGCGGCUGAAAUCGGAGGACCUGGUGCUCUUCGCGGAUGCCUUCGACACGCUGAUCCUCGGGGACGCGGCGAAGAUCCGCGCGGGCUUCGAGAGGUUGGAGCGCUCCAGCGGCAAGAGCAUCUUCUUCCCUGCGGAGAGGACUUGCUAUCCGCCGGUGGCGGACAUCUGCGAGCACUACCCGCGGUCGCCCACGACGCUGCGAUAUCUGAACUCUGGGCUUCUGAUUGGCAGGGUCGGCCAGCUGCGCCAGGUGCUCGUGCCCGACCCAGUCAGCAACGUGAUGGAUGGGGGGGACCAGGCGUAUUAUCAGCGGCGCUUCCUCAGUCAUCAGGAGGCCAUAGGGCUGGACGUGGACUGCUCGCUGCUGUGCGUGGUGGACGGCAGCUUGGGAGAUGCGAGGCUGCAGCUGGUGAACGGCACCGUGCGGGAGCUACAGGAGGCGGAGUCGGAGCCCAAGGAGCCUCUGGCGCUGCACUUCCCGGGGCCCGGGCACUGGCCCAAUUGGAUCAACGGGCUCCCCACCACCUUCUUGGAGGACACCUUCGAACAGGUGUACCCGGCUCAGCACAAGCUGCUGUUCGACCAGCUGGAGUGGUCUUGGAGGUAUCGAGGCGGUUUUUUUCAGACCAGGAUUCUCGAAGGCUGGUCCAGGGACCUGAUGAUCCUGGUGAGCAGAAACCAGGCGUGCUGGGAUUGCGUCUGGGGGAAGACCCAUGAGACGCAGUGCCGGGAUUUGGCCUGGGGCAGCAGGCAUUGCCGAACCACUGGCUAUCCCACCCUACUACUGUGCUUCUGUCUAUGCUACCUCGCCUUCUGCUGCACCCGCUUGCGAUGCAAGCUGCCAGUGGCGCCCGUAGCCCGCUUUUCUGAAGCAGAGAAGCAGGUGUGACAAGGCCACGGAAAAAAGGA